CGCGCUGCCAGAGCGGCCUCACCGGAAGCCCCGCCCCUUCCCCCUGCUCGCUUCCGGCCCGGGGCCACUUCCGGCGAGCGUGAGGGGAGCGCGGGCUGAGCGGCGCCAUGGCAACAACGCUCCCGAAGGUCCCUGAGGUUCGGGACGUGACCCGGAUCGAGCGCAUCGGGGCUCAUUCCCACAUCCGGGGCCUGGGCCUGGACGAUGCCCUAGAGCCGCGGCAGGUGUCGCAGGGCAUGGUGGGGCAGCUGAGCGCUCGUCGUGCUGCUGGUGUCAUACUGGAGAUGAUCAAGGAAGGGAAGAUCGCAGGGAGAGCAGUGCUGAUAGCAGGACAGCCUGGGACCGGCAAGACAGCCAUUGCUAUGGGCAUGGCUCAGGCCCUAGGCCCUGACACCCCAUUCACAGCCAUUGCCGGCAGUGAGAUCUUCUCCCUAGAGAUGAGCCGCACGGAGGCUCUGACUCAGUCCUUCCGGCGCUCCAUCGGUGUGCGCAUCAGGGAGGAGACUGAGAUCAUCGAGGGGGAGGUUGUGGAGCUGCAGAUUGACCGACCUGCGACCGGCACAGGCACCAAAGUGGGGAAGUUGACUCUCAAGACCACAGAGAUGGAGACAAUCUAUGACUUGGGGGGCAGGAUGAUCGAGGCCUUGAGCAGGGAGAAGGUGCAGGCAGGUGACGUCAUCACCAUCGACAAGGCCACAGGGAAGAUCUCCAAGCUCGGGCGCUCGUUCACCAGAGCUCGAGACUAUGAUGCUAUGGGAGCACAGACGAAGUUCGUGCAGUGCCCGGAUGGAGAACUGCAGAAGCGGAAGGAGGUUGUUCACACAGUGUCACUGCAUGAGAUUGACGUCAUCAACAGCCGCACGCAGGGAUUCCUGGCGCUGUUCUCGGGGGACACAGGUGAGAUCAAGGCUGAGGUGCGAGAGCAGAUCAAUGCCAAGGUGGCCGAAUGGCGCGAGGAGGGGAAAGCUGAAGUCAUCCCAGGGGUGCUGUUCAUCGAUGAGGUUCACAUGUUGGACAUUGAGUGUUUCUCCUUCCUGAACCGGGCGCUGGAGAGUGACAUGGCCCCAGUGCUCAUCAUGGCCACCAACCGCGGGAUCACCCGGAUCAGAGGAACCAACUACCAGAGCCCCCAUGGGCUCCCCAUAGAUCUCCUCGACCGGCUCCUGAUCAUCUCCACUGCGCCCUAUAGCGACAAGGAGACCAAGCAGAUCCUCAAGAUCAGGUGCGAGGAGGAGGACGUGGAGAUGACGGAUGAUGCAUACUCGGUGCUCACACGCAUUGGGCUGGAGACCUCCCUGCGCUAUGCAAUGCAGCUCAUCACUGCUGCCAGCCUCGUGGCCAGGAAGAGGCAGGGGGGGGAGGUGCAGGUGGAGGACAUCAAACGAGUCUAUUCCCUGUUCCUGGACGAGUCCAGAUCCACUCAGUACAUGAGGGAAUAUCAGGAGGCUUUUCUGUUCAACGAGCUGCAGAGCGAAACCAUGGAAACGCCGUGACCCCCCCGCGCCCCUCCCCCACC